AUUCCGCGGCCAGGGAACUGAUGUAAGUAAGGGGAUUGGGAAUGACAUUAAUGACAGGCGGACAGAGACCGAGAAAAUUGACGUGUGGAGGUGCGUUAGCUUUAGGCGGAAUCAGCCACGCAAGGGUGGAUUCGUCGUGAUCAGGAGGAAAGAGAAAAAGAAAAAGAGAGAGAGAGAGAGAGAGAAAAGAAAGCGAAAAAGACAUCGUGAGUUUUUUAACAUUCGCAGAGAAUGGCGAGCCGCGACGAGUUGGUCUCGCAAUUCGCGGACGUAACUGGUGUUGACGCCGAGAGAGCGCUAUUUUACCUUGAGUCAUCCGCUUGGCAGCUCGAGGUCGCGCUCACGAGUUUCUACGAGAACGAUGAGCCAGCCGAAUUGGUGACCGAGACCAUCGAUAUAUCGGAGCAAGUGGAAGGUUCGGAGGAUAGUAGUAUGUCGAAGCAAACGAAAUCCGACACGACGGAGUCGAAGGGGGCCAAGCCGAAGCCCAGAUUCGGGACGUUGAACGAUCUUCACGGUAGCGACAGCAGUUCCGAGGAGGAGGAGGGACAGGCGUUCUACGCCGGCGGCUCUGAGCACAGCGGGCAGCAGGUUCUAGGGCCGGGGAAGAAGAAGAAGGAUCUUAUCACCGACAUGUUCAAGUCGUGCCAGGAGCAGUCCAUCGCCGCGGAUCCCCCGAAAAUUGGAGGCCAACAAAGGCCGAACACGUUUAGGGGCACGGGAUAUAAAUUAGGUCAAACUAGCUCGGAUAGCGAAGUGGUGAUGGGAGCAAACGCAGAUCAACAAUCGUCGAACGGUCUUAUUAUAUUGAAAUUGUGGAAGGAUGGAUUUACAAUAAACGAUAGUGAGAUACGAUCGUACGAGGAGGCCGAGAAUAGAGACUUUCUGGAUGCCAUUAAGCGCGGCGAGAUCCCGACGGAGAUACGCCAACAGGUGCAGGGCGCGGAGGUGCGGCUCGAUAUGGAGGAUCACCGUCACGAGACUUACGUCCCGCCGAAAACCAAGGUGAAAGCCUUCUCUGGGAAGGGGCACAUGCUGGGAAGUCCGUCGCCAGCUACCGUGGGCAUGACGGUUCCAACGGAUCCCGCUGAUCAAGCUGCCAAUGAAGCGCAAGCGAAAAAGGACCUGGAACUAGACACCUCGAAGCCAACCACAACGUUACAAAUCCGUCUCGCGGACGGCAGUAUUGUAAAGGCUCAAUUCAACCUGACGCAUACAGUCGCUGAUCUUAGACGAUAUAUAAUAACUAUGAGACCUCAGUACGCCCUAAGGGACUUCAGUUUACUAACUGUAUAUCCAACGAAGGAACUUGCAGAGGAUAAAACGAUCGAAGAGGCUGGUUUACAAAAUUCGGCUAUAAUGCAACGACUGAAGUAAACUUUUUCUAAAUUCCUAGAUUGAGUGAUGUAACGAUUAUAGACACCAAAUAUAUGUUAAAUCGCUUGAAAAUAAAA